AAGAUUUUAAUCAAUGAAGAGUGAACAAUAAUAGAAAGUAGCAACUAAAACAAUCAAGAAAAUCAAAGUGAAUAAAAAGGCACCAGUUAGAUUGUGGGUUAAGGCUGUAUUUACAGGUUUCAGAAGGUCCAAAGUUUAAUAAAAUGAGAAUUAGGCUUUAUUAAAGAUUCAACAUGUUGAUGAUGUUUCAUCAAGUAGAUUCUAUUGGGGCAAACGAGUUGCCUAUAUUUACAAGGCUCACUCUCUCAAAAACAAUACUAAAUUUAGAACAAUUUGGGGUAGAAUCAGCAGAUCUCAUGGAUCAAAUGGAAUAGUGAUUGCUCGAUUCAAUAGAAAUCUUCCACCAAGAGCAAUAGGAUCAACUUUGAGAGUAUUCCUCUAUCCAAAUAGAGCUUGAGUUAAAUUUAAAAAUAUAUAUAUAUGUACAUUAAUUUCCAGAAAUUAAAUAAAAGAA